CCCGCUGCCGGGAUAAGUAGCGGCGGCCGCGGGCGGUUCCUAGGCUGCUGGUUGUUGGCGUGGCGCCCGGCUCAGCACGGCACAGCAUAGUAUGGAGAGCGCUCGGGACUACGCCGGCACCCUGGUGCGAUCUCUGGUAUCCAUGGGAACAUCUGUGGGGUCGGUGACGAGACAGACCCUAUUCCCUCCUCUCACACCUGCAGCCCGACCCUUCCGUGUAUCAAAUCAUGACCGCAGCAGUCGGAAAGGAGUUGUUGCAAGCAGUCUGCAGGAGCUUAUUAGCAAGGCCCUAGAUGCCUUGCUGAUUACUGCUGGACUGAUUACUCUAGUUUUGGAGGAAGAUGGCACAGUUGUGGAUACUGAAGAGUUCUUUCAAUCACUGGGAGAUAAUACUCACUUCCUUCUUCUAGAAAAAGGACAGAAGUGGACACAAGGAGAAAACUACAUCCUCGCUGUACAGCAGAAUAAGAAAAUGGGGGUAGCCAACAUUACUCUGGACUUGUACAAGCUGAAUCCAAAGGAUUUUAUUGGCUGUCUAAACAUUAGAGCUACUUUCUAUGAAAUCUACUCUGUGUCAUAUGACAUCAAAUGUAUGGGAGCAAAGACUGUGCUGCGGAGAAUGCUUCGGUUUGUGUCCCAUGUGGCACAAAUAACUGGGCAGUUUCUUCUCUACACUGGAUCUUAUGUGUUGCAGCUGAUGGGUGAAUAUGAGGAAGAUGGCAUGUGUACAAACUCAAAGCACUAAUAAGCCAUCUCACUUCUAAUAUCAGUUGCACCUUUUCACACCAAACAUUCUCCUGUCCAAUUCUAAAGAGCUUCAUGAUCUUAAAUUAAAGUAGAUGAAAAGUUCACUUUAAAGGACAAACAUGAAUCUAACCUUUGCCCUUUGGCACACUUGUAGAUCUUUCAUUGUAAGAUAAUGAUGUGACAAUUGUAAAUAUGAUCGGAGUCUUUAGUCUUUUUAAUGCAGUGAAUAGAAAGAGGUCUAAUGUCUGGGAAUUGGACAGACGUUCCUUCCCCCCUACACAGAUAUCCAAAAUGAAGAAAAGGUAUACAUGGAAGCAUGGACUCUUUUUGUACCAAGUGGUUGAUACCCCUGCAUGGAUCAAGACUUAAUUGUCUUGUGAGUAAACAACCAUGUUGUACCUUCUGAAUGAAUUCUCUGUGGCUUUUAAGUUUCUUUUAUGUCCUCAGUACUGUUCAUAAGUGUUCACCCCCUUGGUACUCAAAUUCCCAGUUAAAUUAUAUCUGUUUCACUCUGUAUCAAUGUAAAUAAAUAACUUGGGGAAAAAAAAAUCAAUACCAUAGGAUCUGGUGCAAUGAGCUCUGUCUAAUAAUCUGCUUUAAAUAAUUAGUUUAAAGGUAGUAGAAAUAGAGCUGCCCUCACUUUUUAUUUUAAAGGCUGGCAUGCGUUUUUUUUUUUUUUUUUUUUUUUUUUUUUUUUUGCAUUACAGUGCUAAUAUGUAUAACCAUUGCCCUGUAAGCAUACUGAAACUAUAUCCAUGUAAGUACAGCCCCACAGGUUUAUGCACUGUUAACUGUAGUGGCUUCUAAAAUGUGAGUUAAAGCAGCACAAACUGUAGAUUUACAUCUUGAGGAUCACUUACUUAACUUGCAUUUCUCUUAACUCAGUAUUUACAAUUUCCAGUCCUGCAUUGAAUAAACUGGUUUAGUGUCUCAUG